ACCGGACUCCAGUCUCAUACACCCCAUCUCAUCCCGCGCUCUCUUCACAGAGAUAGCAGCACCAUGGACUUCGAGGACUCCUCCUCGUCCAGCUCUUUCUCACCCAAUGAAGUCUCUCCUUCGCACGUGCCAGCCACCAGCUCCUCUUCCUGCUGCUCCGCCUCCCCGCGGGUGCCCGCAAAGUCGCCAAAGCGCCGAGCAGGGAGGAAGAAAUUCCGGGAGACGCGCCACCCGGUGUACCACGGCGUGCGGGAGCGCAACGGCGGCAAGUGGGUGUGCGAGGUGCGGGAGCCCCGAAAGAAGAGCCGCAUCUGGCUCGGGACCUGCGCCACGCCGGAGAUGGCCGCCAGGGCCCACGACAUCGCCGCAAUGGCGCUUCGCGGCCAAGCGGCGCUCCUCAACUUCCCCGACUCGGCGUGGACGUUGCCACCGCCGGCGUCGUCCUCCGCUGAGGAUAUUCGGCGUGCUGCGUCGAAGGCGGCCGAGAUGUUUCGGCCUACCGUGUCAUUGCCAGCGCCGCAGGCGCAGCCGGCGGCGGUGUUCGUGGACGAGGAGGCUUUGUUCAACAAGCCCGGAUUGUUGGAUGACAUGGCGAGGGGACUGAUGCUGACGCCGCCAGCUAUGCAGAAAGGGUUCGACUGGGAUGGCGUGGAAUGCCAAAUGGACCUGUCGCUGUGGAUUGACUGAAAUGUUUUUUUUUUUUUUUUUUUUGGCCAAGGGACUGAAAUGUUUCGGUGCACACCUGCGGGUCUGGCACCGACCAGGUGGCACAGGCGGAAGCUUAGAGUUAGGAUCCACAGGAAAGAGAUAUUUUGCCACUUUCUUUGUUUGUACAGAGAACUUUAGUAGCUGUAUCUAUUAACAUCUUCUCUUUUUUAAAAUUUCAGAGAACUUUCAAUGAAAAUUUUCCAUUCAUCAAAUGUGCAAAAUAUUAUGUUUUCACAUUGGUUCUUCUUUGUUC